AUGAAACACAGGCGUUUCACGCAUCGCAGGAGCAGAGCUCUCUGUUUCCCAUGCUCGACAAUCCUGGCAGCUCGGCUCAUCCUCCACAGCCUCUGCCGACAGGCAGAAAUUCGGAACAACAUGGAGAGCACGCAGGCUCUCCUCCUCACUGCUGCCCUUUGCUUUCUCGCUCAAGGCUGCGGCGGCUCCGAGGCCGAGCACCGGCUCUACGCGGCCCUCUUCGAGAGCUACAACCAGUUCGUCCGUCCCGUCAAGAACGUCUCAGACCCCGUCAUCAUCCAGUUCGAGGUCUCCAUGUCCCAGCUGGUGAAGGUGGACGAAGUCAACCAGAUCAUGGAAACCAACUUGUGGCUGAAGCACAUCUGGAACGAUUACAAGCUUCGCUGGAAUCCAGCAGACUAUGGAGGUGCUGAAUUCAUCCGAGUACCAUCUGGCCAGAUAUGGAAGCCAGAUAUUGUUUUAUAUAACAAUGCAGUUGGAGAUUUCCAGGUUGAUGACAAGACAAAGGCCCUAUUAAAAUACACUGGUGAUGUGACCUGGAUACCUCCAGCUAUAUUUAAAAGCUCCUGUAAAAUAGAUGUCACCUACUUCCCAUUUGACUACCAGAACUGCACCAUGAAGUUUGGCUCCUGGUCUUACGACAAAGCCAAAAUAGAUUUAGUUUUAAUUGGCUCUACAAUGAACCUGAAAGAUUACUGGGAGAGUGGAGAGUGGGCUAUUAUUAAAGCUCCUGGGUACAAACAUGACAUCAAAUACAACUGCUGUGAAGAGAUCUAUCCAGACAUCACAUACUCUCUUUACAUCAGGCGUUUGCCUUUAUUUUACACUAUCAAUAUGAUCAUUCCAUGUCUGCUGAUUUCUUUUCUGACUGUCUUAGUUUUCUAUUUGCCCUCAGACUGUGGUGAGAAGGUAACACUCUGCAUAUCAGUCCUUCUCUCUUUAACAGUGUUCCUUCUUGUUAUCACAGAAACCAUACCUUCUACUUCCCUGGUGAUUCCACUGAUUGGGGAAUACCUCCUGUUCACCAUGAUAUUUGUCACUCUAUCCAUUGUCAUCACAGUGUUUGUGCUUAAUGUGCACUACAGAACACCCAAGACACACACCAUGCCCGGGUGGGUGAGAACCAUUUUCUUGAACUUACUUCCCAGGAUCAUGUUUAUGACAAGGCCUGCCAGUGACGAAGAGAAUAACCAGAAGCCAAAACCAUUUUUCACUUCCGAGUUUUCAAACUUAAAUUGCUUCAACAGUUCUGAAACCAAAUGCUGCAAAGAUGGCUUUCUCUGUCAAGAUAUGGCAUGCAGCUGUUGUCAGUAUCAACGAAUCAAGUUCUCUGAUUUCAGUGGCAAUCUCACAAGAAGUUCAAGCUCUGAUUCUGUAGAUCCUCUGUUUCCCUUUUCAGUUCUGUCACCAGAAAUGAGAGAUGCUAUUGAAAGUGUUAAAUACAUUGCAGAAAAUAUGAAAAUGCAGAACGAAGCCAAAGAGAUUCAGGAUGACUGGAAAUACGUUGCCAUGGUAAUCGAUCGGAUUUUUCUCUGGGUUUUCAUCCUGGUGUGUAUUCUAGGAACAGCAGGGUUGUUCUUACAACCUUUGAUGGCUGGAGAUGAAAUGUGA